UUGAACAAUUGCAAUUGCAAGGGAAGGUUGAAUUAAGGAAGAAAAAUCAAAGGAGAACUCUCUGGUCUCUCUCUCUCUCUCUCUGUUUUAUUAUGUUUUCCAUGGGAAAAAUGUGUUUCGAAUCAGUUUGGCCUUAAAGCUGCGGUGGAGAUAGCUUCUCUUUCUUUAAUUCCUCUCCUACCAAUUGAUUUUCAUGGAUUCUUCUUCUCGGUAUGGAGCUCAAUCGUUCGGACGAACGGAGAUUAACUGGGACAAGCUUGAUAAAACUAAGUUUUAUGUCGUAGGAGCUGGCCUCUUUACUGGAGUUACUGUAGCCUUGUACCCAGUUUCUGUUGUAAAGACAAGAAUGCAGGUUGCUUCGAAAGAUACUAUUGAGAAAAGUGCAUAUUCCAUUGUCAAAGGCAUAUUGAGAGCAGAUGGAAUUCCUGGCUUGUAUAGAGGGUUUGGCACAGUCAUAACUGGUGCAAUUCCUGCAAGGAUCAUUUUCCUUACUGCUUUGGAGACCACAAAAGUUGCAUCUUUCAAUAUUGUUGAACCGUUUAAGCUCUCUGAACCAACACAGGCAGCCAUAGCAAAUGGAGUUGCCGGGAUGACGGCAUCACUUUUUUCACAGGCAGUUUUUGUUCCAAUUGAUGUGGUCAGCCAAAAGUUGAUGGUGCAAGGAUACUCAGGCUAUGCCAGAUAUAAUGGGGGCCUAGAUGUUGCUCGGAAGAUUCUGAAGGCUGAUGGUAUUCGUGGGUUAUACAGAGGAUUUGGCCUAUCAGUUAUGACCUAUUCCCCAUCUAGUGCUGUAUGGUGGGCAAGUUAUGGUUCAAGCCAACGAUUCAUAUGGAGACUCCUAGGUUAUGGUAAUGAACAGAAGGAAUCCAUCCCUAGCCAGUGGUCAAUUGUUUGUGUUCAGGCUACCGGAGGGAUUGUAGCAGGUGCUAUGGCCUCCUGCAUCACUACCCCUUUGGACACCAUAAAGACCCGGUUACAGGUUAUGGGACAUGAAAGGAGGGAAACUGCAACAAAAGUUGUCAAAAGAUUGAUUGCAGAUGAUGGAUGGAAAGGUUUAUACAGGGGGCUGGGUCCAAGGUUUUUCAGUAUGUCAGCAUGGGGGACCUCAAUGAUAUUAGCAUAUGAAUAUCUAAAGCGCUUGUGUUUAAAAGAAGAGUAGUUCUGAUGCUACGGGUGGCAGCAGGACCAUUGAUUAUUCCUGCAUUAACUGCGAAGAUUCAGGUCAUUUGUCAUUGGUUUGAAGUUUCAUCAUCACAUUAUUUGAGAUAGAGCCUAUGGGUUACACAAGAUGCCUGUUGGGUUAUUCUAGACCCAGCCAAGGUGGCACUGCACACUGCUUGCGUAGUCCUUGUUGAUAUUUCAAAUGCAGAAUCAGCAUGGCCAAUGGUAGUUAAGUUGGACAUGUUAGACCCACCCAUAUUUUUUUAGUCAAAUUCCUAUUAUUUCCAUGCAAUUUGGAUAAAAUGGUUCUAAUUUGAGGCUGUAAUAGUGUAUCCGCAGGCAAGGGCUUUUGAUUCAUCUAAUAAUGUUUGCUUUCAUUGUAUCUUUUACAUUAAAAAAAAAAAUCUUGCUUUUUUAUUUUUCAAGCUGUCGUUACAUCGAGCCAGAACAUGAUUAUGAAAGCGUUUCCAUACGUAUAUGUAAUAAGUUCGAAAAGCAGUAUUGGUUA